AUGGCGAAUCUCUCGUGUCUUGGUCUUGGGGAAAGUGAGGUAGCGCGAAUCCCUCCUGCUUAUUCUAAAACUUUCCAAGGCCCGCCUCACGGCAUCCAAGUUGAAAGAGAGAAAUUGAACAAUAGUCUCCUAUUUGGAUGUACCAUAAAACCUAAAUUGGGCUUAUCCGCUAAGAACUACGGUAGAGCGCUUUAUGAAUGUCUACGUGGUGGACUUGAUUUUACAAAAGAUGAUGAGAAUGUGAACUCCCAACCAUUUAUGCCUUGGAGAGAACCUCUUAUUUUAUUUUGUGCCGAAGAAACACAGGCUGAAAGAGGUGAAAUCAAAGGGCAUUACUUGAAUGCUACUGCGGGUACAUGCGAAGAAAUGAUCAAAAGGGCUGUAUUUGCCAGAGAUUUGGGAGUUCCUAUCAUAAUGCAUGACUACUUAACAGGGAGAUUCACUGCAAAUACUAGCUUGGCUCAUUAUUGCCGAGAUAAUGGUCUACUUCUUCACAUCCAUCGUGCAAUGCACGCAGUUAUUGAUAGACAGAAGAAUCAUGGUAUACACUUUCGUGUACUAGCUAAAGCCUUACGUAUGUCUGGUAGAGAUCAUAUUCACUCUGGUACAGUAGGUAAACUUGAAGGAGAAAGAGACAACACUUUGGGCUUUUUUGAUUUACUACGUGAUGAUUUUCUUGAAAAAGAUCGAAGCCGCGGUCUUUAUUUCAGGGUCUCUCUACCAGGCCCUUCGGGUGGUAUUCACCUUUGGCAUAUGCCUGCUUUGACCGAGAUCUUUGGAGAUGAUUACCUACUACAAUUCGGUGGAGGAACUUUAGGACACCCUUGGGGAAAUGCACCAGGUGCCGUAGCUAAUCUUUUGCUCUUGUGCAAUGAUUGGCACAUUACAGUAAAUGAAGAGAGAGGAGUUUUUAACAAGGUCGUCCCUUUACUCUAUUCCUGACGUUAGGACAGAUACUGAACUAGUUGGAGGCCUUACGAGGGCUAAUCUACUACUUGACUCACGAGUUGCUCAAUGAAUCUCUUGAUUCGGUUUUUGGCUAUCGAGAAGAAAUAUGAAUAAUAUA